UCUCACAUAAAACCCAUAUUUUUUAUCCAAAUAUUUUCUACCUUUGUAUUUUUGAGAUUAAUAUAUUUCAAUCCUCGAGAUUUUGGUGUUUAAUAAUCUUUAUACAAAAGUCCUUGUGAGAAAAUGUAUGGUGUAGUUAUAUAUUGUAUGUUUCAUUGAAUAUUUUCACCGUUCUUAAUUAAUACGUGAAAGGAUAUGGCACCUGUGAAAUUCGGGUUGUUCAAAACGAGGAGUCGGGAGCAAGAGCAACCCUCCACGGAGAACCUUCUAAACAUCAGCACUGAACAUGUUGCAUCACCUAGUUCUCCUAUUCCUUCAACAAGUAAGGGUAUAGUUGAGGACUUGAUACCUGCAGACAUAUCAGACCUGCAUCUGGACAGCGAGGAUGAUGACGAGGUCAUUUCCGAGAAACCAACGCCGACCAGAUUUAGUGAGCGCAGCCAAUCCGAAGACGGUCAGUUCAACUACCUACCUCUAAAGAACCCAACGGACUCUACCUCGAUAACUACGCUCCAACAAGAAGACCUCGACGAUAUCCAUAAUUACGACCUGGACAGUCUUGACGGAGCUUCCACAUCCUGUGACGUGAACUCUUUGCAAUUUGACGAGACAUCUAUAGCUCCCAGCGAAGAUAUAUCCGUUUAUUGUGGAGCUCUGAAGAAACCAAAGAAGAGUAGGUCGAAGGAGGAACAGCAGAUGAGGGACGUUGAUAUGUGGAAAGCCAGCGACGUUGAAGUUAUGAGGAACCUCUUAAACCGAAGUGGAACUCUGGACGAGAAGAUCAAAUGGGAAGCCAUAGCGACAGCCAGGGGUCUGUGCACUCUGACUGACAGCUGCACCUGCGGGGACUGUACGAGGGCGAAGUACCUCGCAGGGGUCACUGACGGCGACGGGGGGAUCGGAGCAGCUCCACUGUUCAACGCCAUCAGUGUCGGAUGUCAAGUGCAGUGAGGUGAAGCAAAUUGUAUCAGGAAGGGCAACAGAAGUUUCUUGCUUGUUCUUCUUGUGUUGAAACUAAUUUCCUAAUGAGAAGGAUUGAUUUUACUUUAUGCUUUUGUUGUACGUGUGGUGAAGAUGCAAAUGAUUUCUCCCUGUCUCUCUGUCUAACUCUGUCCCAGUUUAUCUGGGGUCAGGUCUCCAUGUACAUCUGCGUCAGAGAGCUCUGUACUAGAAGCAAAGGAUUUUGCUAUCAUUAAAAAUUUG